UAUAAAUAAUAUGAAGGGAGGAGGCCAAACCACAAAUCUAUCGAACCUUGAUUUGCAACUUCGACUUUCACAGUUGCACACGAAGAGAGAGGGGAAGGAGAAGGACAAUGAAGGCAACAAAGAGACCGAUCCACGCGGUGGCGACAUGGGUCCGGCGGCAACCACCGAAGAUCAAGGCAUUCUUGGGGGUGAUGUUAGGAAUUGCUGUUGUUUUGUCUCUAAGACUGAUCGUUGAAGAUCACGACAACCUCUUUGUAGCUGCCGAGGCUGUCCAUGCCAUUGGAAUCUCCGUUCUAAUCUACAAGCUUAUGAAGGAGAAGACUUGUGCUGGACUUUCACUCAAAACACAGGAACUAACAGCUAUGUUUCUAGCUGUUAGACUCUAUUGCAGCUUCGUCAUGGAGUAUGAUAUACAUACAUUGCUUGACUCAGCUACACUGGCAACAACCUUGUGGGUUAUAUAUAUGAUUCGUUUUAAGCUGCGGUCUAGUUACAUGGAUGACAAAGACAAUUGUGCAAUUUAUUAUGUGGUGAUACCUUGUGCUCUUCUGUCUUUAGUUAUUCAUCCAACCACCCAACAUAACAUAGUUAACAGGAUUUGCUGGGGUUUCUGUGUCUAUCUGGAAGCUGUUUCAGUACUCCCUCAGCUACGAGUCAUGCAGAAUACAAAGAUUGUUGAACCAUUCACGGCGCAUUAUGUGUUUGCCCUUGGAGUUGCUAGGUUUUUGAGCUGUGCACACUGGGUCCUUCAGGUGUUGGAUACUCGGGGACGCCUAUUGACAGCCCUGGGUUAUGGAUUGUGGCCUCCCAUGGUUCUCUUGUCAGAAAUUGUCCAGACUUUCAUUCUUGCAGAUUUUUGUUACUACUAUGUCGAGAGCCUUGUUGGUGGACAACUUAUCCUGCGUCUUCCCUCCGGAGUUGUUUGAAUUCAGUUCACCGAGGCUAUGAGAGUAGAAGAUUGGCAAUGUACAUUCACAACUUCCACCAAUAAAUGGAGAUCUUGGAAUGCAACUGCCUUUCCUUCCUCUGGCUUUUCAUCUCAUUUUCUCUUAUUGUAGCUUAUAGAGUGCUGCUUAGCGAUUAGUGGACCUUGGAGUUGGCAAUGGCAUACGUUAAAUUUUGACAUAUAUAAUUUAAUAGUCAUUAUGAUAACAAAA